AUGGUUCCACCCGCCUUACACCCACCAACCCCCGAGCCACACCCUCCUCCUCUUCCUCCUCGUCACCGCCCACCACCCUUGACGCUGGCUGACACCAAUACACCCUUCACCAAACCUGUGGAACCACCCCUGAUCUUGACCCUCGGGCUCGGUGGAUCUUGCGCCGUUGACUUCAACCGGCUCAACUCCGCACCCGAGGGAUACUGGCCCCUCCGCGCGGCCUUUGCCCUGCCCUGCGAGGAUUUCUCCCAGAUGAACAUGAACGUCCCCCAGGCGUACAACACCGUCGAGACCGUCGCCUUUGCUUCGGUCUCACCCCUCGCCGCGCGGCCGCCUACUUUGAGAAAUACUCGCCCGUGGAUUUCGUGA